AUUUGCAGGGUUUUUUGGUGUGAAAGUGAGAGAAAUGAAUAGUUCUUCGGACCCGCGGCGCCCAGAGCGCAUUGUGAGGCUGAAAACGACGGACUACACGGGCGCUGGGGCUUCUGCUGGUGAUGAUCCCACGCCGGAUUACAUGAAUGUUUUGGGAAUGGUGUUCAGCAUGUUCGGGCUCAUGAUGCGGGUGAAAUGGUGUGGCUGGGUUGCUCUUUAUUGCGCAUGCAUCAGUUAUGCAAACUCUCGAGUAAAUGAUGAUACGAAGCAAAUCCUCAGCAGCUUUAUGUUGUCGGUUUGCGCAGUUGUCAUGUCGUACCUGCAAAAUCCCCAGCCCAUAAUACCGCCCUGGGCACUCGGAUCAUCGCGAUGUUGUUCCGAUGGAAAGCCGCAGCAACAUCACCGUGAAACAACGGAUGAAGAUAAAAAGUUCACGCGUUUGAAGCCAAUCUUGCUUGUUUCUACGGCUCUGGGUGGGGCCUAUUUGCUCAAGGAAUAUUUUUUCGACAAUGUUCAUGCUGCCGAGAAGCCGAAGGGAGAGGUGCAGAAGCCAAGAGAAGAAGGGGAUCCUUCCCCGGGGCUUCCUUCCUAUACCAUGGAUCAAAUCCGAGAGCACGACUCUUCUGAGAAGCGGAUUUGGAUGACCUACAGACAAGGAGUUUACGAUGUUACCGACUUCGUCAAUCGCCAUCCAGGCGGAGAUAACAUCAUGCUUGCUGCUGGUGGAGCAACUGACCCGUUUUGGAACCUGUACGCUAUUCACAAGGAACCGCACGUGUUGAAAAUUCUGGCAAAGUACAGAAUAGGAAAUAUUUCCGAGGAGGAAGCCAAAAGUCAAGUGGAAGGAAUGGAGGAUGCUUAUUCCAACGAACCUAAAAGACAUCCCUCUCUAAAACCGGCGAGCAAAACUCCAUUCAACGCUGAACCUCCGAUGGAAAUCCUGGCCGAUUCUUUCAUCACUCCGAAUGAUCUGUUCUACGUGCGUAACCAUUUGCCUGUCCCGGAUAUCAAGGAAGACGAGUACGAGCUAGAGUUUGAGGGAGAGCCAGGGAGCAAGACGAUUACUCUUUCCCUGAGUGACUUGAAGAAGCUGCCUAAAACUACGGUCACUGCGGUGCUACAAUGUGCUGGAAACAGAAGAGGAGAGUUGAUUGAAAUUAAACCAGUGAGAGGAUUGGUGUGGAACGCUGGCGCCAUUGGUAAUGCAAGGUGGACUGGAGUCCGUCUGACAGAUUUCCUGAAAAGUGUGGGAGUGGAUCCUGCGAAAGUUAAAGCUACACAGAUACAGUUCGACGGUUACGAUACGGAUCCGACGGGUAAAACCUAUGGAGCAUCAGUCCCAGCUGACAAAGCACUGGAUCCAAAAUCUGAGGUCAUCCUUGCCUACGAAAUGAACGAUGAACCCUUGUCCCGAGAUCAUGGGUUCCCUGUGCGGGUCAUUGUUCCUGGUGUCGUUGCUGCUCGAUCCGUGAAAUGGCUCAACAGAAUUUCCUUUUCCGACGAAGAAUCUUGGUCUUUCUGGCAACGACAAGACUACAAGGGAUUUAGUCCUUCUCAAGAAGCCGAAGGAGCAGACUUCUCAAAGGCGAUGUCGAUCCAAGAAAUGCCUGUGACUUCUGCUUUCACGUAUCCGAAGAAUGGGUCGAAAGUCAGAGUGAAGAAUGGCAAAAUAUCUGCAAAAGGUUACGCUUGGAGUGGCGGCGGGCGACCGAUCAUCCGCGUUGAUAUCUCCGCCGACGGCGGGAAAACUUGGUACGUUGCCAACAUGGACAAAAGGGAGCCCAAGUGUGAAGGUACAUACUCAUUCUGCUGGUCAUGGACUUUGUGGAGUGCCGAAAUACCGACUCCGAAGGGUGUCCAUGAAGCCGAACUGAUGGUAAAGGCCAUCGACGCUUCGUACAACUCCCAGCCGGAUACCACUGCCAACAUCUGGAAUUUCCGUGGUGUCCUUUCCAAUGCUUAUCAUCGUGUUGUAGUUAAGAUGUUCACUGUAGGCUCCUUGCUUCCCGCCGAGCUGGAGAAGUUUAAAAAGCUCAGCAGCGAUUGGUGGAACAGCGAGGAUGGCUCGCUAAAGGGCCUUCACUCAAUGAACGCUCUCCGCAUCCCGCUCAUAAAGUCCGGCCUCAAAGGCUCAAUGUCUACCGCGAGAAUUCUGGAUGUCGGCUGCGGUGGCGGCAUUUUGGCGGAGCCUUUGUCUCGGUUAGGCGCCGAAGUAACCGGACUAGACCCGUUGGAAGAGAAUAUCGCAGUAGCCGAGACUCACAAAGGAGAGACUAGAUUCCGCGGUAAUCUCUCGUACGUGUGCGCCACGAUCGAAGACUUCGCUAACACAAAUACGAACCGUUUCGACGCCUUGGUCUCGUCCGAAGUGAUCGAACACGUUGCGAACCCUGGUGAAUUCGUCGCGAAUUGUGUCCGUGUCGUGAAACCCGGUGGAUCCUUGUUCUUUACUACAAUCAGUCGCACUAGUUCUGCGUAUUGGUUGGCCAUCGUGGCUGCGGAGAGACUGACUAGUGCGGUUCCGCCGGGUACUCAUGAUUGGAAUUUGUUUGUGAGUCCCGGGGAACUGACCAAAUACUGUGAAGAGAUCGGCGAAGUAGACGGGGUUUCUCGGGGCCACGAAGAGCUAACGUGUACUUGUCUUGAUUUCUAUGAUAUUCAAGAAGAUAACAGCUCCUCUGGAUUUGUGCGACGUACUGAAGGAGAUACGACUAUUAUCGAGGGCGUGAUCAAGGAAUCUCGCAUCGAUUCUGUCGUGAAACUUACGGAUUCCGACCCGAAGCAUUCUUGCCCAGUUUGUGCUUUGGAGUCGCGGGGCAUCAUCAUUAGACACACUGAUGUGCGUAUUCUGAACCAGUUCUUGAAUUCGAAGCAUGAAAUGCUGCCUCGAAAAUUAAUUGGCAUCUGCAAGCGACAGGAGCGCCGCAUCAAGAGUCUCAUCAUGAUGGCGCAGAAUGCCGGACUUCUUCCUUCACCAAAACUGGUGAAAAUGCCGUGGGAGAAGUUGAACCGUUACUACGUUGAAGAAACUGAUGUUCGGGACUACAAAGUACACAGUCUGCCUCAUUUGAAGCAUCUGCUUCCCGAAAAUUACGGUGUUCAGAAAGAGUGAUUUUUGGAAGUGCUAGUAAAAGUGAAGCUUUUGCCGUUAUAA